AAAAAGACUUCUUAAUGUGUGGCUUGGCAUGAUAAAUAUGUACUCUCUGUUCACUGACUCUCGUGGUCUCUUCAUACUUGAAGCCUUGAACUUGAUUUCUCAAUCAAGCAUUGCUAACCCCUUCAGUAAUUUUGGUUGAGUUUGAGAUCUCAAUUCACAGCUAUAGAGCCAUGGUGGAGGAAAAGAAAACAACAUUUAUGCGGAUCGAGGUCGACCUUCAAUGCCAUCGCUGCCGCAAGAAGAUAAAGAAAGUGCUCUGUAAAUUCCCCCAAAUACAAGACCAGGCAUACAUCGAGAAGGAAAACUAUGUGGUAAUAAAAGUGGUAUGUUGCAGUCCUGAAAAGGUAAAGCAAAAGAUAAUUUGCAAAGGUGGUGAUACCAUUAAGAGCAUUGAGAUCAUAGAGAUUGAGAAGAACACCAACCCACCUGGGAAAGGGAAGAAGCCACCGCAAAAGAAACGCGUGAGAUUCGUUGACGAGCUGGAGAAGCCGCCUGAGAAGCAGAAGCCACCUGAGAAGCAGAAGCCACCUGAGAUUGUGAACAAGCCACCGCAAAAGAAAGACCCUGAACUGGUUCCAAAGCUUCCUCUUGGACCGGUUGGUGUGCCUGUACGGCCGGGUGGAUUUGGGACUUGUUGUACGGAAUGUUAUGAGGGUCGUGGUGGGGGGCCAUGCCUGUAUGGUCAUGGUACUAGGCCAUGGCCACCAUUAACACCAAAGCCUCGUGCUGAACCGGUUCCACUGCCGGUUCCUGUACCUGUGCCGGCUUACCCGGUUGGGUUUGGGACGUGUUGUACGGAGUGCUAUGAGGGUCGUGAUGGGGGGCCAUGCCAUUAUGGUCAUGGUAGGCCACCCCCAUGUUAUGAUGGCUACUACUAUGGAAAGCCCAUUUAUGAUAGUUAUGGUGGCGGGUAUAGGAGUUGUUAUACUUAUGUGAGUCGAUGUGAAGAAACUUCCUCUGGAUGCACCAUCAUGUAAUUAUUGGAAUUUGCAUGCAUGCAUGCAUGGUGAUGAUAAUGGUGAUCAUGUUCUAGCUAGUUGCCUACUUGCAAGAAGAUUAAUCAGGAUGUAUAUAUGGGUUGUUUAAUAAAUGUGGUUGGUCAUUUUA